CACCUUUAAUUUAGCUUGUUGCAACCAUGGCCAAAAGGAGUGUUGCUACCAUGGCUUUACCAUUAUUCCUAAGCAUUUUCAUUUCCAUCUUCUUGAUUUCCAUAACUUGCUUUCAAGAAGAGCGAUCGAUAUACUUGGUCUUAUUAGAGGGAAAUGGGGUUGCAUUUCAUGAAGGCUUACGUGAUGGAGAUUCAUCAAGAAUUGACCCCAACAGCGAAGCCUCGAAGGCGCAUGCAAAUCACUUAUUGGCAUCUCACGAUCUACUUCUGCAAAGCAAUUUAGACAAAGGAGGCUACAAUAAACUCCACAGUUUCAAACACAUUAUUAAUGGAUUUUCUGUCCACACAACCCCUUCCAAGGCUAAAAAGCUGAAAGGUGUUCCGGGAGUGAAGUUGGUAGCAAAAGACAGAGGAGCUAAAAAGAUGACAACUUACACUCCUGACUUUCUAAAUUUACCAAAAGGAAUAUGGGCAGAGGAAGGAGGAGUCAAAAAUGCAGGGGAAGGAGUUGUUAUUGCUUUUGUUGACACUGGCAUCAACCCACAUCACCCAAGCUUUGCUUACAACCCUUUGCACCCUUUCAAUUCAAGUCCCUCUCCUUUCAGAGGCGAAUGUCAAUCUGGUCCAAUGUUCCCAUACACGUCUUGCACUGGAAAGAUAGUGUCAGCUAGGUACUUCUCAGCUGGGGUUGAAGCUGCUACCACCCUCAAUGCUUCAGUAGAUUUUCUUUCACCGUUUGAUGCAGAUGGACAUGGCAGUCAUGUGGCAUCUAUUGCUGCUGGAAAUGCUGGUGUUCCUGUUGUUGUAAAUAGUUUGUUCUAUGGGAGAGCCAGCGGAAUGGCGCCGCGUGCAAGGAUUGCUGUUUAUAAGGCUGUCUAUCCAACAACGGGAACUGAAGCAGAUGUCAUUGCAGCUAUCGAUCAAGCUGUGAUGGAUGGGGUGGAUAUCAUAAAUCUCUCUAUUGGACCAAAUGAACCCCCAGAAGACACAUUGACCUUCUUGGGCUUGUUUGAGAUUUCCUUGCUAUUUGCACGAAAAGCAGGAGUUUUUGUGGUGGAAGCUGCAGGGAAUAAAGGUCCAGCACCUUCAUCUGUAGUGUCAUUCAGUCCCUGGAGUGUGAGUGUUGGUGCUUGCAACACGGAUAGAAAGUACCAUGCUUCACUUCUCCUUGGAAAUAGCCAAACAAUCGAUGGAGUUGGACUAUCAGGACCCAGUUUGUUAGCUUUGUUUAAGCUAGUAUUAGCUAAGGAUGCAAUGAAAACAAAUGGAACAUUCCCAAGGACUCCAGAGUACAUAGAAGAGUGUCAACAUCCAGAAGCCUUGGACCCUAAGAUAGUGUUAGGAAGUGUCGUUAUCUGCAAUUUCUCAACAGGUUUCUCUAAUGGAACAUCAACUCUGGUUGCCAUUGUUGACACCGCAAAGGCUCUAGGAUUCGAGGGUUUUAUUCUAGCUGCAAACCCAACCUAUGGUGAUUAUGUUGGACAGCCAAUUCCUUUUGCCAUUUCUGGUAUUUUGAUCCCUCGUGUGGCUGAUGCUCAGGUUCUAUUACAGUACUAUGAAGAACAUACCAAGAGGGAUGGGAGAGGAACUGCCAUAGAAUUUGGUGCUGUUGCAGCUGUCGGGGAAGGAAGAAUUGCCUCUUUCACGGGGCGAUCACCCAUUGUGAGUAGAUUUUCUUCAAGGGGUCCAAAUAUCAUUGACAAGGACAAAGAUCCUGCUGAUGUACUUAAACCUGAUGUUCUUGCUCCAGGGCACCAAAUAUGGGGAGCCUGGAGCCCCAUGAGUGCCACAGCACCUGAGCUGAGAGGAGACAAUUUUGCAAUAAUUUCUGGUACCAGCAUGGCCGUGCCUCAUGUGGCUGGAAUAGCUGCACUUAUCAAGCAGUAUAAUCCAUCAUGGGAUCCAUCAAUGAUAGCAUCAACAAUCACCACAACCAGCACAAAGUAUGAUAAUCUUGGAGAGCUUAUCAUGGUUGAAGGCUAUGGUAUCAACACCUUGUAUCCUUCCACUCCUUUUGACUAUGGGGCAGGCAUUGUGAACCCCAACUGGGCCAGAGAUCCAGGCUUGGUACUUCCAUCAGGAUUUGCAGACUACAUCAGGUUCUUGUGCUCUGUGCCAAACGUCGACAAGGGCAAGGUAAAUGCAACCACUGGAGAACAAUGCGAUAACCCGUUUGACUCUCCAUUCAAUCUAAACCUUCCUUCCGUAACUAUAUCUGCAUUGAGAGGAUCAGCUUCUGUGCGGAGAACUGUUAUGAAUGUAGGAAACUAUACAGAGACAUACAUAGGCUCUGUUCUACCUCCAAAUGGAACUAUAGUCAACCUGUGCCCAACUCUGUUUACCAUAAGUCCACAAGGAAAACAAGAACUAGAAAUAAAGUUCACUGUCAUCCAACCAACGCAAAAUUUUAGCUUUGGUCAGAUUGUUUUGAUAGGAAACUUGAACCACAUUGUAAGAAUUACAUUGUCAGUUCUACCGGUUUCAGUACAUUGAAAGAUUGAAUAUUUAAUAUAUUAG